AUGAGCACCUUUCCAAGACCUGAUGCUGGAGCCGACUCCGUCUACUUCCAGUCUUCAGUCCGGUCUUCUGAUUUUUGCCAAUCAGUCGACGACCGGACUCUCUCAAACCAUGUGGCCACCAGGAAAACGCAACCUGUCGCUCUGACGCCAUCCGUGUCUCGUCCUCAAACGAGUCUUGCCAGGUCGAGCACUGCGGUACCGCAAUCACGACCCUCCACUACCGUUUCUGGUCGAAAGUCUCGGCAAAGCACACUGACAUCCGUGCUUGGUUCAACUGAUCGCCAGACCAUAAUCUGCGCUCUAUCUGAAGCCCGUGGCGUGGCACCGUCGGUCGGGGUUGCUCUAGUGAAUCUGAGUCUUGGUGAAGCCGUACUCAGUCAAAUCUGCGACAACCAAUCCUAUGUCAAGACUGUGCACAAGUUGCAAAUGGCCGGCCCCUCGCGAAUCGUCUUCAUGUCCACAGCGUGUCCGCCCAACAAAAACAGUGUGCUAUAUUCCCUAGUGGAUGAACUGAUUCCUGAUGCCGCCAUCGAGCUUUUUGAACGAUCUGCUUGGUCGGAGGUGGAUGGCCUGGAUUACAUCAACAAGCUCGCUUUUGAGAGCGACAUUGACCCGAUCAAGGUGGCGAUACAGGGAAAAUACUAUUCAGUCAGCUCCUUUGCAGCGGCCAUGAAAUUCAUUGAAUAUACGUUUGAUCUCAGCUUCGCUCCGAAUUCGCUGCGCAUUCGAUAUCGCCCAUCAGAAGAUACCAUGAUGAUUGAUAUUUCAGUCGUACAAUCCUUGGAGAUUUUGCACAAUAUCAGCAAUCCAAAAUCCAAAGACAAUCUGUUUGGGUUGCUCGACCAGACCAUCACCCCGAUGGGAUCGCGCAUGCUUCGAAGCAAUAUUCUGCAGCCCCCAACAAAGUUCGAAACGUUCAUAGGACCCCGAUACGACGCCCUGGGUGAGCUUAUCGGAUCGGAGGAGAUGUUUCACAGUGUUCGAAAAGCGCUGCAAAAUUUUAAAGAUGUCGAACGAAUCCUGACAAAGAUUAUUACGAUAUCCGCCAAGACUACGAUCAAUCAAGCAGAACAACAGAUCCAGUACAUAAUCACGGUCAAGGCAUUCUUGGAGGCGGUUCCAGAGCUGCAUCAGGCGCUUUCCGCCUGCAAAAGCGCCUUGCUGGUGAAAAUACGGGACAUAUGCCGGCCGGAGGUGGUGAAUUCCAUCAUGAAGAGAAUCCGGGCUGUCAUUGAAGCAGACGUGACCGUCAUGUCGUCGCCAUUGGACAUGAGAAACGCACGAACGUUUGCUGUCAAGUCUGGCAUCAAUGGCAUGCUGGAUGUUGCACGCCAAACCUACAAAGAACUUACCGAACAGAUUCAUUUGCACGUCAACGACAUUGAAACUCAUUGCGGCAUUCGGCCGGUGUUGAAGUUCGACAAUGGCCGAAAAUACUGGCUCAAGAUUAGUUCGCUGGGAGAUGGAGCCAUUCCGCCCAUCUUUAUAAACGCCAUCAGAAAAAAAGACUAUAUCGAAUGCCAGACAAUGCCGCUUGUCAAGCUCAAUGUCCGGCUCUCGGAAACGUCAAACGAAAUAGUUGUCCGCAGUGAUGUAAUGAUACAGGGGUUGAUCUUGAAUCUCAGAGAGGCGUCUGCGGAGCUAUUCAGGGUGUGCGAAUCCGUGGCUCUUGUCGACAUGGUAGCAUCAUUCGCACAUCUGUCUACAAUCAGGGACUACACCAGACCCGAGUUUACAGGUACAUUUGCGGUGAAAGCAGGGCGCCAUCCAAUUCUAGACAAGGUUAUGCCGGAGGAUCUUGUUCCAAACGAUUACUACGUCUCAAGCCAGAGAUGCUUCCAGAUUGUGACGGGAUGCAACAUGGCAGGGAAAAGCACUUAUAUAAGAACGGCUGCCCUGCUGCAAAUCAUGGCCCAAAUCGGGUGUUUCGUCCCUGCUGAAUACGCCUCGUUUUCUAUUAUCCACAACAUCUUCGCCCGGGUAUCGCUCACCGACAACCUGGAAGCCAAUCUUUCCACAUUUUCCGUGGAGAUGAGAGAAAUGGCAUUCAUUCUGCGAAACAUGGACGAAAAAAGCUUGAUCAUCGUCGACGAGCUUGGCCGAGGAACCAGCACACGGGAUGGCCUGUCUAUUGCGAUUGCAAUGUCAGAAGCGCUGAUUGAAUCCAAGGCAUUCGUAUGGUUUGCGACGCACUUCCUCGACCUUGUCAACGUUCUCGAGGAUCGCCCGAGCGUGAUGAAGCUUCAUCUAGCUUCUGAGCGAUCGCUGGCGGAAGACGGCACGCCCCAACUUUGCAUGCUGUAUAAAGCGACCGCGGGCACGGUCGACGCCACUCAGCAUUACGGAAUCGCUCUCGCGCGAGCGCUGGGGUUUCCCCGAAGCUUCACGGACCGGGCAGAAGAGGUGGCGAGGGAGAUGCGACGGCGGAGAGAGGCCAACUGGCGGAACUCGGAGUCCAGGAAGCUGGUGGCUCGGCGCAAGCUGGUCCUUGACCUUUACGAAGCGCUUCAGCAAGCGGCGGAGCACGGGAACCAGGAGACGCUGCCGAGGUAUCUGCAGCGCCUGCAGGAGGAGUUCAUAACGCGGAUGAAUGAGUUGGACACGGCGUGA